AUGAAGAUUGGACAGCAAGUGUAUCUUGAUAUUGCCAUAGAAUCGAGAAAGGUAGGAAGGAUAGUAAUUGGGCUUUACGAGUCUUUAGCUCCCAAUGCGUGCAAAAACUUUUUGAACUUGUGUCAAGGUUGCACUAUUGAUGGUAAAGUUUACACGUACAAAGGCAAUCGAUUCAAUAGAAUAGCUGAUCAUUUUAUGGUACAAGCUGGUGAUUUAGAUGGUAAUAUUUCAACAAUUUAUGGUUCAAAUGUGACAAGGUCUAUGCCGGGCGAGAAUUUGUUGAAUGAGAUACCCUCCUUUUCGCUUUGUCAGGGAAAUUUUGGUGGUGAUGAAGGAAAUGGGUCUCAAUUCUUUAUAACCACUGUGCCGCUGCCUAAACUACCAAGGGAAUAUACUGUGUUUGGACGGGUUAUUCACGGGAAGCAGGUGUUGAGAACGAUUGAGAAACAAAAAAUAAAUCAAGAAUCUGUGCCCAUUGUUUCAAUCGUGAUUGAAUCAUGCGGAGUAUGGAACGAAAAUAUGGGCAUAGAAAUAAAUGGCAACAAAGACAGUGACAACAAAGACAGUGACAACUCUGAAAAUGUUGAAGUAACUGUCUCAGAAAGUCCCGGGGUCGACAAAAAUUUCAAUCCAAAAAACCUUGAAACUGCUCUUAGAGUAGCAACCACAAUAAAAGAAGCUGGAGAUUUAGUUUUCAAAAAUGGCGAUAAACAACAGGCAAUAUCAAAGUGGGAAAAGAGUUUAAGGUACAAUGCUGAAUUUGACCCUGACGAAGACAGAGAGCCACAAUUGUACAACAAGUAUAGGGAAUUGAAGAAAAAGUGUUAUGCAAAUAUUAGCUUAGCUUCCUUUCAGUUAUCUAGAUUUGCCAAUGCUACAAAAUAUGCAACUUUUGUGUUGGAGAUGGACGGUAUCACGAGUCAGGAUAAAGCAAAAGCUUUGUAUAGGAGAGGAUCAGCUUAUGCAAAAAUGAAAAGAUAUGAUGAGGCUUUGGCUGACUUGAAGGGUGCAAGUACAAUAGUGCCUGAAGAUGAGUGUAUUUCCUCAAUGUUGGGUUAUGUGGAAAAAGCACUUGUUCAAGAGAAAGAAAAAGAGAGGGCAAAAUACUCAAAGUUUUUUAAAUAG